AAGCAAAGAAAAAAGUGAAAUUGUAGGUUUUUUUAUCAAUGUUCGAUGUUCUUGUACAAAGAGGUUGGAGUAGAGAAGAAAUAAGAAAGAGAAAGAAAUCUUUUCUCAUAUCUGUACGAUAGGGAAACGUCGCGUUCGUUUGUUUCUUCUUCUCAUUCUCUACGAUGCACGUAAUAUUGAUGAUCUAUCGCAUGCAUAAUCAUCGGUGUAGAAGAAAAAAGAAGAAGACAACAGCAACAACAACAUAAUAAUAAUUACAAGUAAUCAAAAUAAAAUAAUAAUAUACGUACAUUUUCAUCUUUUAUAUAGAAAAAAAAGAAAAAAAAAAGGAUUUAUAAUUAUAAUUGUAAUUAACGUACAUGUUAACAGACACAUUAUACAAGUUUAUUUGUUCAUCAUUUAUCCAUUGGUCAAAUGAAAUUAUUUAAAGUUAAAGUAAGUCAAUUAUUUUGUAAUCAUAAUGAUUUUCUUUUUUUUAGAAUUAUAAUUGUUCUACAUUUUCAAUUUUCUCAUUGUCUAAACGUAAUGCUAUUUUAAAUCUUAAAAUUAUAGAUGACUAGACCUAAUCUAAACGUUUGAUGUUGAAAAACUAGACUUUUAUAGAUAUAAUAUCUUCUAUCAUUGAAAACAUUUAAAAUAGUCUCUAAAUAUCAGCUGUCGAUAAAUAUAGAAUUAGAUUUUAGUACUCAUCUUUUAGAUUUUUGUGUUAUUUAUCGUCAUUAUUUGCUACAGUUUUAUGAACAAUAUGUCUCUAAAUAUUAACGCGCAGUUUUUUGUAAUCUUAUACGACAAGUCGUUAACAAUUAAUAGACACUGUUCUUUUGUACUAUAGUCAGUUCUUCUAUCAUUACCACAUGGAUCAAAGAAGAAAAGAUGAUAGAACAUUUUUUAACCUAUUAAAAAUAUACAGAAAAUAAACAAGGUCAUGAAAUCUUUUUUUUUUUUUUUAAACUGGAUGUGAUCUUUUUUUUUAUUCAAAAUAGCGUUAUCUUUUCUAAAAGGUAGUCUGUGAGCCAGAUGUCACAAAGGACAGAAUAGUCAAAAAAUACACCGAUUUCUUAGAAGUACAAAACAUAGUCCCUAUUGAAAUAAAGUGCUUUUUUAUCAGUGCUUUAAUAAACAUAGUCAAGAUCUAUUGCUUCAUAUAUAUAUAUAGAUAUAUAUAUGUGUGUGUGUGUAUAUGUGUAUAUAUGUGUGUGUAUCAUUUUAAAUAGUGAGAAAAAAAUCGGAUACAAAAAGUGCUCUUAUGAACUAGAUGAGUUCAUAAAUUAUUAUUUAUUAUACAUUGGAAAUAAAAGGGAAAAAUAACGACGACGUAUCAUAAAAUAUUUUCAUUUUCUAGUUCCGUUUUCUACUUUUCAAGUGUGUGUGUGAUUCAAAAAAUAGAGUAAUCAGACAAGCAUCUAAAAAAUAAACCGAUGUGGAUAAGACCUGUUAAAACUUAUCAUUUAUUCUCUUAUUUCUGCAUCAAUAAAUAACAAAUUACGAUAGUUCACGUAUGUCUGUAAUGAAGGUUCAUUAAUGGCUAAUAGCACCAAUUAAUCACAAUCUUAAUAAAAAUCUUAAAAAUCAUUAUAAACUUUUAAACAUAUGAAUAAUCUUUUAUUAAAUUCAUUUUUCUCUAUUCUAACAUCAUAACAGUAAUUAAAGUCUGAUGUUGAUAAUUCUAAGAAAUUGAAAUACUGUUAAUUAUUCGAGAUGUUAAAAAUUAGUUUAGUUCUUAAAAAGUCGAACAAUUAUUUUUCCUACGAAAAAUAUCAUUUUGAUUAGAAAUGUCGAAAAAACAUGAGCCAUAAUCACAGAACGUUCUAAAGUUAAAUGAGUGCUCAUAAAACAUUAAGUUUUUACUCUCUACUUAAAAACUAUUUCUUGUUGAAUAGGAUGAACAUUUUACUAUACUAUUAAUUUGUCAUUUAUUACUUUAUUAUUUAUUAAACUGCACCAACAAUGAUACAUUUACUAGUAAUUCUAUCGUUUUCAGUUUUAUUUAUUGUCGUCUUAUAUAUUAAUCUAGCCAACAGACAGUAUAAAAAACGAUUCAUUUCUGUAGUGACAUUUACAACAUCUGCUCUUAUCAAGGCUCUUAGAACUAAUUUCUUCUUCAUGCUAAAUUAUCAAACAAAACUAUAAACCAUACAUCAUAUUGUUCAAAAUAUAGUCAACAAGAUUUUUUAAAGUAUUCUUCCAUCAAACAAAUAUUCUACUUUAUUUAGUUCAACGAAUAUUUAAUUGUUAUGAAUAUCAUACUGUAUAACGAUUAGACAUGUAUCCAUUCUAAAUUUAAAUCGAUAAGACUCAGGAUUGAGAUUUAUUUUAUUCUUAUUUGGUAUUGAUUGUUUUCUUAAUCUCUUUUGGUAGUACCGAGUAGAAAACUCUUUCUCGUUCUUUUUAUCAUAUAUUUUGUCGUGUAGUUUAAGAGAAAGUUUAAGCGUUUAUAUGCAAUAAAAAGAAACAUUAUUUCCUUUCUAUCGUUUUAUACGCGUGUAUACAGUAUUAAUUGUAUAUCAUUGAAUGAAAUCCGUGGCAUAUUGGAUUAGUUUACAAUAGUAGUUUUUUGUUAAAAUCAUUCUAGAUUUGGUCUGAGAUUGAUACAUGUUUAAUCACGCUAUAUUUAUCAACUUAAUCGAAAAUUUUGAAAUCUUCUUCGAUCAAAAUCGAUUGCAGAUUCAGACUCUCUAUAGUUAAUUAUCUUGCAUGCAAGAAAGUUUUGAAUCUAGAAACUCUUGAACAAAUUUUCUUCAAUGUUUUUCUUAAUAAUCUUUUACAAAGUAUCUGAAAGGAAUUAAUCACAAAGACCUAUGAAGAGUCUGAAUCUGCAAUUGAUUUUGAUCGAAAAAACCUUUAAAAAUUUCUUGAUUCGGUGAAUAUACUAUUUUACGAUUAGUAUUGAUUGAUAAUCAAAGUUUAAAGUCGAUCUUGUUCAGUAAUGUUUUUCGUCUGUCUCAUGUUUACUUUUAUGUAAAAUAAAGCGUAAUUAAUAUUUUCAUUAUUUUUCUUGCUUUUAGAAACGUGUACGAACCAAAUCAGAGAAUGACAUUUCGAAACGUGGAAACGGAGAUCCAGAUGAAAAGAAGAAGCUUCCAACCACUUCUACAUUUACUGUUGAUUCUUCGACGCGUUCAUCUGAUGAUCAAUUAUCACCACAGCGUCAAGAACAACGUAUACUUACUCGCUUAAAAGUUAAUAACGGUCAAAAUAAUAAUUCAGGUGAUAGAUUACAUACAAAUUCAACAGUAACCUAUCGUGAUAAGUCGGAUCCUCGUCGAUAUUCACAACCGUCAUCGGGUACUCUUCGUUCGACACAACGUACAACAACUACUACACCAUCGACCGUUGUACACAAUCAACAUUAUUUAAGUAAAUCCGUUGAUCGUAUAACAUCGAAUAAUCGUAGCAGACGAGAAUUACGUUAUGAAGAGCAUGAUGAUUACAUUCCACCACCACAAUAUUGCGAUCAACAACCACAUGUAGCCAAUAUACAAUGUCAUCCAACAAUCGAUCAUUAUAAUCGAAAUUUAAAUACAACUGUUUAUCAUCAACAAUUAGUGCCAUUAUACGAAAAUAAUAAUCAACGUUAUUAUUAUUCAUCGCAGUCUUCGAUAACAAGAAAAAGUCAGAUAGAUCAUAUUCAACCAAGUAUUCAGGUUAAACAUCUUCCACCACCACUUCCAUUGUCACAGCAUUAUUCAUCAUCAACUUCUUUUCAUCCGCAAUAUUAUCGUCAAGUACCUGUUGUGCAUUAUUCUACACCUUCUUAUAAUUUACGACCACCAUACGCUCCUGACGAUAUAAGUUAUACAAAAACAAACUAUAAUGAACAUCAUAUAGUUCCGCCGUCGAAUAGUAGUACGCUAAGCAGUAUAAAUAGCCGUUUAAGAGCAUCAGUGGAUAUAAUGGCAGAUGACAGAGAAAACAAUAAUCAUGCUUACGGAAAACUAUCCGAUUGUCGUUCGGUAAUACAAUCGUUCGAUAAUUCAACAAAUAUCAAAGCACCCAGACGAAUUCAACCUCAAAAUGAACAACAACCAACACGAUCUUAUUCUCCCACAUCUCAUCCGUAUCAAAAUGAUCCAGUUGAAGCGAGAACUUUAAGAAAUCAAGCAUCUGGAGAAAAUUAUGCUCAAUUUCCCGUAAUCCUUGACCAUAGUUCAACGGAACCGUAUUAUGCUAAUACUCAAUCGUUGUACGAUAAUAUUGUCUAUCCACAAUCAGCAACCAAUAAAUCAUUAAAUAAUCUUCCGUCGACUGAGUAUAACAUUAAACAGAGACCACAGUCCACAGCUAAUUUUACUCGUUCUUUAUCUCGUAGCCAAACGGUUGAUUUAGACUCAAUGUUAACAGCAAAAAAAUCCUGUGCAUCACAGACACAACUCACAUGGACUAUGGCGACAUUUAGUUCAUUUGUGGAUUUAGAAAAUCAAUCGAUUAUAAUCCCUCAACCAGAUCCAACGACACUCUAUUCUAUAGGCAGUACAAUAUCAUCCCAGCCAUCCCAACAACAGAUUCAAAAACCAUCAACAACGCUGUUGGAAACUGGUUCUCAUCAUCAUCAUCAUCAUCAUUCGUCUAAGUCUCCUACGAAUAAUUUUGUUGAAAAACGUGAUACUCCAUUUCAAACAUCAUUAACAUUUCCACCCUUCGACGAUAACAGUAAUAUUGAUAUGCAAGUAUCAUCCGAUAGCCUGACAGCUACAGGUGGUACAAGUUCUCGUAAAUCGACAAAGUCUCGCUUAGCCACACGUGAUGUUGGCCUUCAAGUCAGUAUUCAAACAGUUAAAAAAAUAACAUUUUCUACAACUCCCACGACACCUGUGAUCGCUGGUGUAACAUCAACCCCAUCGCUGUCUGAACCAUCGUCCGCUACUUCGACAACAACAUCUCCCACAACUAUUCUUAUAUCGCCGAUAAGAGAAUAUCGUACCACUGAAACAAAUACUGAACGUACGCUGACGACAGAUAAUCACACGCAAAGUGCACCACAAGAGCAGCAAAAACCACCACCUAAAAUGGUAACAACCUCUUCUCAAACAACAAAGUCAUCGGAAACCAGAUCUCAGCAAACAACACCGAAAACAGCAAAAUCUCGAGACCAAUGGAUUGAAACAACGUUGAAUAGUACGAGACCAGGCUUAUUCUUUUGUGAUCUUAGUUCAGUUUUUAAAGAAGGAGGAGAUUCACCCUUGAAAAAAAAGUAG